AUUAUCCUCUCCAUAGAAAUGGUGCUCAGGUUGUACGGUAAUGCCAAGACCACGUGCACGGCACGUGUGCUAUCAUGUCUCCACGAGAAGGACGUCGAAUUCGACCUUGUGCCGAUCGAUCUUUUCGCUGGUGAACACAAGCAACCACAAUACCUCUCCACCAAGAACCCAUUUGGUCAAACACCUGCCUUAGAGGAUGGCAAUCUCACACUCUUUGAAUCGCGUGCCAUCACCAAGUACGUUGCGGCCCAGUACAAGGACAGAGGCACGGAUCUUUUGAGAGUGGGAAGCAUUGAGGAAUCAGCACUGGUGAAUGUAUGGUUAGAAGUGGAGGCCCAGCAUUUCAACCCACCCAUCACAGCUAUAAUCAGCCAGAUCGUCAUUGCGCCUCUCUAUGGUGAGACACCCAACGAUCAGGUGGUGGAGGAGAAUGCAGAGAAGCUUGGGAAGGUGAUGGACAUCUACGAAGAGAGGCUUUCGAAGAACAAGUACUUAGCUGGUGAUUUCUACAGCUUAGCUGAUUUGCACCACCUCCUAUUUAGUUACUAUCUCAUGAAGACUCCCAAGGCUUAUCUCUUCGACUCACGCCCCUGUGUAAAGGCGUGGUGGGACAACAUUUCGUCGAGGCCCGCUUUUAAGAAGUCGCUGAGGGCAUGA